GAUCGAAAUAGUAAACAGACAAAAUGUCACGCUCCGAAGAAAGAAAGGUGUUGUUUGAAGUGCGAGGAUUACGGUUUGUUUUGAGGUGUUUCUUUAACUGACACCUGGAAUUAGUUAUUUCAGGGAUCGAUCUUACUGUGUACAGAAUUGAAUUUGAUGGUGAAGACUGCCCAGUACAGACAUGGACUCUCCUGUUAUGGUGGAUCAGAUGGAUAGCCUAGAAGGAUGGGUGUCCGUCAAACAGAAUCCGUUUGUUGACAAUCUCCUUCCUCCAAAACUGAAUUUUCUCAUUGCUUGGAAUGAGCUAGAGCAGAAGCUAGCUGUGACAUGCCGGGAGCAUGCUCGUGUUGUGAGCGAUAAAGCAGAGUACCAUGGGAGGUCGGGACUUUUCAGCUUCCAGGAAAUCCGUGGCGCUCAUGAAAUGCUGUGUCUCAUCCACCCGUCGCUAGGCCUUUGUCUCCCAGAGCUACCUGCGGAAUCAUGGGGGCUUUGGUCUUUCUUCAGUCCACCUCAGACACCAGAAAAUAUCGACGAUAUCUGCGAACAGUUGGAGAACUACUUCAAAAUAGCCCUGGAGGUGUGCAAAGAGAAACUUUUAAUGUCGGUGCUGUUUGAGGAACAUUCUCCCGAGGAUUAUUUUGAGAACAUCAGUGAGUUACGAAGGAGGGGCAAAGAAGAGGCUGUGGCGAAUUACCAAGAGGAGUUAACUACAGUGAUCAAGGUGUUCCGGGAUGGGGCGGUCACAAUGGAAGACAUGAAAGAGGCGUAUAAACUAGAAGACGAGGCUGUGUUUAAGCUUAACAUCGCGUUAGCAGAGCUGUACAACUACCAACUACAGCCUUUUCUCGACAUGCGCGAACUUGCCGUAUCUAAACUCAGGGAAGCUAGAGGGCAGCUCCAAAACCCAGACCUGGGUGAGAGGCGGAAACGGGAAUAUGCGGAUAUGUUUACAGAAUGGCAGAGUCACUAUGAGCAGGCUCUAGACACAGUCCAGGACGUCUACAUCAAUUAUUAUAAAACAACAGCCGCUGUUCUUAAAGCUAUGAGAAACCGAAUGAUUGAAGACCAGAAAAAAUUUGGAAAAAAUGCUUUUGAAAUUGUUGGGGCAGAGCGUUUAAUUAGGAUAGAAGAAGAUCUGUGCCUGGAGAGACUCCAGCUGUUACAUAAUGAGAAAAAGAAGUUUGUUCAGGAAAGAGAUAAAGUUAAGGAAGAGAUUGCAAGCACCACAGAGAGACCAGGUGUGCAUCAGGUCAUCCAGGACCUGGAAUACAGGGUAUAUGAUUGGCAGGUGAAAAUCUACGAACAUCACUUACUGAUUCUGGACGAGGAAGCCAAGCUGUUGAAGACACAAAUUCGAGCAAUAACAAGACAAAUAGAAGAUGCACGAGAGGAAGUGGUGUUUUAUGAUGCAGUGGAGGACACUAGUUUGCUUAGUUCUGAUGAGGAAGACAUCCCAGCCAGUUCCAACCCCCGUGUCAUUCAACUCUCCAGUCAACUCACCGCCAUCCACCGCAAACGAGCCAAAAUCAGAACAAGAAAGACAAGCCUGAUCCAGCAGUACCAGUCUAAGGCAAGACAGAGACGUGAAGAAGAGGAGAGGUUCAGAUAUCAUCAUGCUAUCCACAAGAAAAUUGAAGAGCGUAAAGAAGACAUGGCAAGGAAGCAGGACUUUAUCUGUGAUGAGAGGAAAAAAACUAUUGAAAGGUUGAAAAACUUCAAAAUGAAAUAUCCAACACCUGCCACAAUCAAGCCACCUCGUUACCAGUCUCCUAGUGAACUUAAAAGUGCCAAAACAGCAAGCCAACAACUGCAUAAAUCCAAACGGGGAGGCCCGUACCCUUUCCUGAAGAAAUCGCAGCCUUCUGUUAUUCCCAAGCCUCCAUCUCAGGGUUUUAAAUCGAUCAGUCCGCAGGACUUAAGAGUGACUACACACGUGAACGGGUCAGAUCCCACUUCUAUGGACGUAGUGGACUCGGUUCUACCAGUAGAGACUGUGUAUGCUUCCAUGCCUGUACCAGUUCCACCCUGCAUUCCACCACCCCCUCCACCCCCACCUCCACCUCCCCCUCCCCCGCCCCCACCACCACCUCCUCAGCUUUCGAACACAUCAACACUGCCACCCACUAAAAAGCCAUCAAACCAGAAGGAGAUAUUAGCAAAGUGUUCAGAGUUAUCUGCCCCUGGUGCACCGAGCGUACACAGCAUCAUAGCCAUGAGAAAAAACCUGAAAAAGCCAACAGAGACCCAGAGGAAAGAACUUCAUGUUUCACAAGAUCCCAUGGAUAAUAUAUUGGACAUGAUUAAGAAGGGAGUUCCCUUGAGAGCUGUCAAAAACAAGGGAGGUAACAGUGAGGAGGAGAGGAAACUAUCUCCCCCUAGUGACUCUCAUCUCAAGCUGUUGACAGAGAGUUUGCAUCGCAUUGGGAAGGUCACGCGAGGGUCCUCUCCAGAGUCAGAUGAUGACAACAGUGAUGACAGUUUUGAAGAUUGAUGAUCCUGGCUAUAGUAAACUUUUUUCUGAUAUUUUCAAAGUUAAUGACUCUGAAAAGGUAAAAUUUCUAAAUUUGUACCUAAACCUAUUACUGUUUUAUCCCAUGUCUUCUAUUUACCAGUAGUUAAGUAUCUCUUCACACAACUUUUUGCUAAUUUGACACAAAAGGUGGGUUCUUAAUAACAAAAGGCUUUGUUACCCAAAAUAUUGGUAUUAAAUCCAGGGCUAAGCCAGAUAAUUGAUGUCUUUUCCGAGAUUAAAAACACCAACAAAUAUUUUCAUUUAUCAUGGAAUAAUAUUUGUUUUGUGUAAUUGAAGGCUUCCAUGAAUGAUGUCAAAAGGAGUUUAGUUUAGUAUGCUAACUAUUCUAUGCAUGCCAUAACAAUUUCUAUAUACUGGUAAGUUUUAUUUUAGCUGAAAGGUACAUCUAUCCAGUAAUCUCUGAUUUCAUACAUGCAUACAUACAUACGUCCAUACAUACAUACAAAUACAUGUAUAAACAAGCUCCAGGCAUUGAAAAACAAAAACAUAACUUUUAUAUCAUACUUUUGAUGUAAAAGUGAUCUUUUUCCAGAUAUUCCAUGAAUUAUGAAAUGAUAUUUUAUGUUAGAUUUAAAAACCUUUUCUGUGUAGCUUUAAUUGUUAUGACAUUUCCAGUGAUACUGGAGUCAGACAUGUCUCAUCAGGCGUUUUGGAACGUCAGUUUUCCACGAGAACAGUCAAUAACCAUUAUUUAUGCUGUUCAAGAAUAUUUCAGUUUAAUGACAGCAACCAAAUUUCUAGAGGAAUAGAGCAGAGCCCUGACAAACCUCCAAACUUAAAGCUGUGACCAACAACCAACAGAGGCUGGAUUUGAACACUCAACCUCAGUAUUGAAAGGCCUAGCAUCAAGCAAAAUUGACAUUAAGGGUUGGGACUUGGAUCAACAUCACAAAUUAACCUGUGCUAGCUCUAAAGUUUAGCAAAUGAGCCAGUGUUUUGACUGUCAAUAGACUCCCUUAGCCCUGUAAUACAGAAUCUGGAGUUACUAUAUAGGCCUUCUUCUGUAAGUGUUGAGCACGACAUUAAACCCCAAGCACCACUCACUCACUCUUCUGUAAGUUCAAGGGUGUUAGUUUGACAUAUGCCACAACAUAACAUUCUCCGCACUGUAGCAUUUAUGCACCAUGUUGCAGCAUCAUGAUAGCCUUUUGCUGAAGACUGAUUUCUAAAGCCUGUUUGAUAUUAUUUCGGAGACUGCAUAUACUUACCCUAUUCUUUCAACCUUUUUAUUUUGGGUGUUUUUUAUGUUAAUUUGUUUUCAUAUUUUAAAUGUAUUUUACAGUACUUUAUAUUGACAUUUUCCUGUGAUUGGUCAGUUCAGUGAACAGAAUUCAAUCAUCAUUUUUUUUUAAAUAAAUUUAAGCUACUUUAUAGUGUCCUCUUUAUAUGAUUGGUCGGUCAGAUUUUAAGUAGGGUCUAUUCAAAAAUUGUAAUAGUGUAAAUUAGCAUUCCAAUUUAAUCAGAUAUAGCAAAUGUGCAGAAACAGAGUAUGUCCUAUAUUCAUUUGAGUAGUACUAAAAAUGACAGGUUGUAUAUACUUUGUGAAUUCGUAACCUUGACUAGACUGGUUUAUUUCAGGAGAGAGUCUGCAUGUAGUUUCUGUAACCCUCUAUUCAUGAAACAUGUUUGAGAUGAUAAAUAUUUUAGUGCAGCCAUAUUGUAGCAAUCAAGGCCUACACUCAGUAAGUGAAUACCCAAUGACAUUUCCUCAUGCGAAUAUCAAAUACAGCCAGACAGACAAUGUGACUGUAGUAACUCUAAUACAUGCUAGCUGUUGAUCAUAAUCAGUUGUUUAUUUACCAGUAUUUUUUUUCUUGUUUUUGUUUUUUUUUCUUUUUGUGUCCAUACUUGUGUUUACAUUUGACAGUGUGUAUUAGAACUUCAUAUUUAAUUGUAGCUACCAGUUUGCAUGUCACUGUUUCACAGUUACUGCUUUGCAUUGUUUUUUGGGGUUUGUUUUUUCCAACACCAGUUCACUGGGCGUACAUAUGUAAUUUCUGUUUGCCAUAUUUCAUGUUUGCAUUUACAUUUAUAUCAUUUCACAGUGCAAUCAUGAAAACAUGAGUAAUCAAGAAAUGAUGUGUUUGAUAUAAUCAUGUUGUGCUUGUAUUUAAAAGUGCUAUUAUUA